AUGUACAAGGUACUGGAGUGCAUUAUCUUGGACCGACUCAUUAAACAUCGCGAAGAAAAAACGCGCGACGAGCAAGCUGGCUUUCGUCCUGGCCGAUCUAAGAUUGACCAGGUGUUCAUCGUCAGGAGAGUGAUCGAAAUCUGGCAGCGGUAUUCGAAGACAAUGCAACUAACGUUUCUGGACUUUGAAGCCGCGUUCGACUCUCCUCACCGAGGCCGUCUUCUCAACGCGUUCCGCGCCGAUGGAGUACCAGGAAAGUUCGUUCGCUUGCUUGAUGACAUGAAUCAACGAACAACUGCUGCAGUUCGAACACCAGCCGGAUGUACAACACCGUUUGAAGUGGUAACUGGAAACAGUCGACCAGUGUCCUGCCGACAUUGUCUUAGCACCAUCAGGUGCCCCUUGACUGACCUCGAGUACGCCGACGAUGUUGUUGUAUUCGCGGAAAGCAGUACGAAACUUCAGCAUGUUGUCAACCUUGUAUCGAAGCUAGCUGCAGCCUAUGGACUACGCCUACGCCCUGAUAAAUGCAAGCAGAUGUGGAUCUCUUCGAGACCACGAACGGGAAUCAGGGUGGACGGACAACCGAUAGAACUCGUCGAUGAGUUUUGUUACCUGGGCUGUACGCUGAAGAACAAUGGCAGCUACGAGAGAGAUGUUCAGCAAAGAUGCGCUAAAGCCACUUCUGCAUUUAACUCCUUAACGAAAUGUCUGUGGUCGACACCCAUCACCAACGAAGUCAAGCUGCGAGUCUACCUAUCCGCAAUUCGCCCCAUCAUGAUGUACGGAUCGGAGACUUGGGCAGCACCAUCAACGGUUAUGGAGAGGCUUGACUGCAUGGAACGAAAGCUGCUCAGACGGCUACUUGGCUACUUUUGGCCUAGGGUAUGUCACAAUGAAGAUCUUUACGCAGAUAUUGAUGUGGUAUACCGGCGGAUGACACGUGGAAGACAUCAACAUCUUGCACCGCCUUCGAAAGCGGCUAAAGUAAAUCGUCUUCGCUUCUUUGGCCAUAUAUUAAGAAGACCGGCAGAUCGCCUUGUCCAACGAGGUCUGAGGCGUUUGCCGGGUUCGAGCUGGAAGAAGCCACCUGGCCGAAAACGGAAGUUCUGGACUGAGGUGGUAAAAGAGGACCUGAGGACACUCGGCGUGGAUAGGCAGUUCAGGCGAGACGUAAGGUUUCGCAGAACCUGGAAUAGCGACGAAUGGAUUGAUUCUGUGCAAGCUCUCGCAGAAGAUCGAGAACAUUGGGCAGAGCUGUGUUCAAGGACGGCACACCUCGGCGAAGAUGCAGGUAAUCGCGUCAGGCGAUGA